CAAGCAUCCAAUGAGGGCGUUCCUCUUGUAGAAGGGACUUACUGGAAAAUUAACUAUUGCUAUUGUUUAUUGGUUGAAGCUGCAUUUAAACCGAUAAAUGAAGUCUCUGGAAAUGUCUGCCUGCUGUUGAUGAAUAGACAUUUGCCUCAACCAGAAUGGCAGGAGUCGAAUAUUCUGCAGUUGGCGGCGAUUCCUACACGGUAAGAAUAUGAUGCGUCGUGGCGAGUGUUACAUCCUGUUAUGAACAGCAAAUAGCAGUCAGAGGCCUCAGUUGAAAAAAUAAAUGAUAAAAUGUAGCCAAAGAGCGAUACAUUUUGUAAAAUUCUCAGUCUGUAACUUGAAACAGCUGGAUGAGUAUGUCCAGCAUGUUUAUUAGAUCCACUAUCUGUUUUAUUAGUUACGUUAAGGCGUUUAUAAAGUUUUGUGCAUAGUCUUAUUCAUUCGUCUUUUGAAGAUAUCACAUUCCAUUAAUACAGUCAGUGUCCAUGCAAUGACAUCAUGUCAUCUGUGCCACUGCCCACAUACUUGAAGUGUCUCUUGAAAUAUUUAUGACCCCUAAGUGAAUGGAUUUGUUUGUUUGCUUGCAUUUACAGGAAAACCUAAUUGGAACCUUGCUGGCCAUUUUUGGUAAUUUGCUUGUCAGCAUUGCUGUAAGCAUUCAGGUAAGCUCAGGCAACUGCCAACCCUCAUGUUGUCUGUUUUGGCUAUAACAAGGAGUGGGUGUGCGAAGAGACCCAACAUUUGUACAACAGUGGUUAUAUUUCAUUGUCUUUUUUUUCUUCAUUUUUCGGAAUUCUCCAGAAAUACAGCCAUGUAACAUUAGCUGGGACCAAGGACCCCCGUGCCUUCUACCGAACCAAAACAUGGUGGUGUGGCCUGGCACUUACCGUUCUAGGAGAAGCAGCCAACUUUGUCUCUUAUGCCUUUGCACCGUUAUCUCUAAUAGCUCCAUUGAAUGCAGUGUCUGUCAUAGGUAAGCAAAUUACACUUCACUCUCACUGCUUGGGAGCUUGGCCAAUCAUAGCCUGGGGUGUAUUCACUAGGAACCAAACAGAAGCGAACGGAACGGGGAGUGACCUACCUGAAUUUGUCGUCCAAUAGAAACCCUUGUUGUCAUUGCAAAACGUUUCCCGUUUGGACAAAAAUGAUUUCCGUUGCAAAUGUUUUUGCUACGGUGCAAAACCUUUUGCAACAGUGUCAACUUAUGAAUACAGCCCUGAACUUUAGAAAUUUUUUUUUGACAUGAAAUGAAAGGAAAUGUGUACCAGAUUGAAGUUAUUUAUAACUAUGUUAUCGACAUUUCGGAAGAAAUCAAUGACAAAAUGUAAAGUUACCUUUUUUAUCAUGUUUAAUGACAUUUGUUUUUUUCUUCUUUUCAGCAAGUUCAAUCUUAGGUUUCAUUUUCCUGAGAGAGAAAUGGAAGCCAAAGGAAUUUUUAAGUAAGUUCAACAGGUAUUUUACAUUUAAGAUUCAGUGUUGGAACUGACAUUCUGAUUUAGGCUAAUUGUAUGAAAAUUAAUGCUAUGACAAUGCACACACUGCUAUUUGCUAUGAAUUUGCUUUUCCAGUCACAAAAUAACCUGAAUAAUAAGGUGUUUUGGGGAAAUGGGUGAAUAUUUGUUUGGAUGGUUAUUCAUUUACUUAGCAUUUUAGAAAUACAAAACCCAUAGUUGGAUAGUUUGUGUACCAAAAGCAUUUCUAUACAAUGCAUGUUAAUGCUAACAUGAAUGCUCGUCUUCGACUCUAGAGCGAUAUGUUUUGUCUUUCCUUGGAUGCAUCUUGACGGUAUCCGGGACCUACCUCUUUGCCACGUUCGGACCCAACUAUCACCAGAAACUUACUGCGGAGAACAUAGUGAAACAGGUCGUAGGAUGGCCUUUCCUGUUGUAUGUGGUAAGACAUUUGAUUCUGCAUGGGAGAAUGGAUUGAGGGAUUUCAUAAAUAACUAACCACAUGCUUUAGAGUAAGUUUACAUACGUUACCUUUCUAUGCAUCAUUAGAAUGUAUCAAGAUUUUUACGUCGCUCAGGAAAAGAGCGUAACUUUUUUUUCACCAGGUUGUUGUUGUUGUUGUCUUUGGCAACCCGAUUUCCCCCGCCUCCAUGUUAGUUAUGAUAAAUGGGCUAUUAUAAGAGCCAAUGUCCUGCUGUAAUAUCUCUUGUUGUUUUUGUUUUCUAUGGCCAGCUCCUGGAGAUCAUUACCUUCUGCUUUCUGCUCUACUUCUACAAGCAGCGCAAUGCUAAUUACCUUGUUGUCAUUCUGCUGCUGGUGGCGCUGCUCGGUAAGUUGGACGACGGAAGAAUAUUAAUGUUCAAUAUUCAGUAAUAAUAACUGUUUCUGGACAUCAGCAACAGAGGUGUGUGUGUGUGUGUGUGUGUGUGAAGAACUCAACCCACUGAUAGGUAGAGCCGAGAUAAACAGUCCAAUAUUUGCUAAAUAGGAAUUGAACUCGGGUCUAAACAACAGAAUUCAACUUUUUUUUUUAACUUUUUCAUGAAAGGUGUUCUUUACUGAAAGUUGCUCUUUUCAAAGUUUUUAUUUAAAGGGCUUGUUAACCACCCUACUGUACGGUGCUUCUUCCCCAGGUUCUGUGACAGUGAUCACAGUGAAGGCGGUGGCAGGCAUGCUGGUCCUCAGCGUCCAGGGCACCAUGCAACUCAACUACCCCAUCUUCUACGUCAUGUUUGUCUGCAUGGUUGCCACCGUGGUCUUCCAGGCUACGUGAGUGCACACUUCUCAUCAUGGAUUUAACAAUCGCGCGAGAAAAUACUUUUGGAGAAGGGUGGUAAAUCGGAACACAGCCUUGCUCUUGGUGGGGCUGGAUAUGUGGGAAAUGAAUGACGUUGAGGUGUGCGACGUUGUAGGUUUUAGUUUUUGACUGACAUCCAAUAGUAACAAACACAUGACAAUAUUCUACAGUCAACUAGUCAGUGGAAUUUUGACCUGGCAAAUAAUGCGAGACCACACUUUAACCUAAUAGUCAUAAUUCCAAGGUAGCUAGAGGGGAAUAGCUGAUGUAAGUUCCUGGUUCCGUGCACAGGCAGUUAAGAAUAGCUAACCCUUAAUUCCAUUUUCCAAGAAAAUUCAAAUAUUUGAGCAUAUAGAGUACCAGUCAAAAGUUUGGACACACCUACUCAUUCAAGGGUUUUUCUUAAUUUUUACUAUUAUUCUACAUUGUAGAAUAAUAGUGAAGACAUCAAAACUAUGAAAUAACACAUAUGGAAUCAUGUAGUAACUAAAAGUGUUAAACAAAUCAAAAUAUAUUUGAGAUUCUUCAAAGUAGCCACCCUUUGCCUUGAUGACAGCUUUGCACACUCUUGCCAUUCUCUCAACCAGCUUCACCUGGAAUGCUUUUCCAACAGUCUUGAAGGAGUUCCCACAUAUGCUGAGCACUUGUUGGCUGCUUUUCCUUCACUCUGCAGUCCAACUCAUCCCAAACCAUCUCAAUUGGGUUGAGGUCGGGGGAUUGUGGAGGCCAGGUCAUCUGAUGCAGAACUCCAUCACUUUCCUUCUCGGUAAAAUAGCCCUUACACAGCCUGGAGGUGUGUUGGGUCAUUGUCUUGUUGAAAAACAAAUGAUAGUCCCACUAAGCGGAAACCAGAUGGGAUGGCGUAUCGCUGCAGAAUGCUGUGGUAGCCAUGCUGGUUAAGUGUGCCUUGAAUUCUAAAUAUAUCACAGACAGUGUCAACAACAAAGCACCAUCACACCUCCUCCUCCAUGCUUCACAGUGGGAACCACACAUGCAGAGAUCAUCCGUUCACCUACUCUGCGUCUCACAAAGACACAGCGUUUGGAACCAAAAAUCUCAUAUUUGGUUAAGACUCAUCAGACCAAAGAACAGAUUAAAACCUAUCUAAUGUCCAUUGCUCGUGUUUCUUGGCCCAAGCAAGUCUCUUCUUCUUAUUGGUUUCCUUUAGUAGUGGUUUCUUUGCAGCAAUUCGACCAUGAAGGCCUGAUUCACACAGUCUCCUCUGAACAGUUGAUGUUGAGAUGUGUCUGUUAUUUGAACUCUGUGAAGCAUUUAUUUGGGCUGCAAUUUCUGAGGCUGGUAACUCUAGUGAACUUAUCCUCUGCAGCAGAGGUAACUCUGGGUCUUCCUUUCCUGUGGCGGUCUGCAUGAGAGCCAGUUUCAUCAUAGCGCUUGAUGGUUUUUGCGACUGCACUUGAAGAAACAUUCAAAGUUCCUGAACUUUUCCGUAUUGACUGACCUUCAUGUCUUAAAGUAAUGAUGGACUAUCGUUUCUCUUUGCUUAUUUGAGCUGUUCUUGCCAUAAUGUAGACUUGGUCUUUUACCAAAUAGGGCUAUCUUCUGUAUACCACCCCUACCUUGUCACAACACAACCGAUUGGCUCAAAUGCAUUAAGAAGGAAAGAAAUUCCACAAAUUAACUUAACAAGGCACACCUGUUAGUUGAAAUGCAUUCCAGGUGAAGCUGGUUGAGAGAGUGCAAAGCUGUCAUUAACGCAAAGGGUGGCUACUUUGAAGAAGCUCAAAUAUAAAAUAUAUUUUGAUCUGUUUAACACUUUUUUGGUUACUACAUGAUUCCUUCUGUAUGUCUUCACUAUUAUUCUACAAUGUAGAAAAUAGUAAAAAUAAAGAAAGACCCUUGAAUGAGUAAGUGUGUCCAAACUUUUGACUGGUACUGUAUGUGGUAAGUAUUCCAUGAGUAGCCUACAGUGUAACUACAUAUAUUGUUAAAUACAGUGGCUUGCGAAAGUAUUCACCCCCCUUGGCAUUUUUCCUAUUUUGUUGCCUUACAACCUGGAAUUAAAAUUGAUUUGUUUGUAUCAUUUGAUUUACACAACAUGCCUACCACUUUGAAGAUGCAAAAUAUUUUUUAUUGUGAAACAAACAAGAAAUAAGACAAAAAAAACUGAACUUGAGCGUGCAUAACCCCCCCCCCCCCAAACUCAAUACUUUGUAGAGUCACCUUUUGAAGAAAUUACAGCUGCAAGUCUCUUGGGGUAUGUCUCUAUAAGCUUGGCACAUCUAGCCAAUGGGAUUUUUGCCCAUUCUUCAAGGCAAAACUGCUCCAGCUCCUUCAAGUUGGAUGGGUUCCGCUGGUGUACUGCAAUCUUUAAGUCAUACCACAGAUUCUCAAUUGGAUUGAGGUCUGGGCUUUAACUAGGCCAUUCCAAUACAUUUUAAAUGUUUCCCCUUAAACCACUCGAGUGUUGCUUUAGCAGUAUGCUUAGGGUCAUUGUUCUGCUGGAAGGUGAACCUCCGUCCCAGUCUCAAAUCUCUGGAAGACUGAAACAGGUUUCCCUCAAGAAUUUCCCUGUAUUUAGCGCCAUCCAUCAUUCCUUCAAUUCUGACCAGUUUCCUGUGGGAUGUUCAAAGUUUCAGAUUUUUUUUUAUAACCCAACCCUGAUCUGUUCUUCUCCACAACUUUGUCCCUGACCUCCUUGGUCUUCAUGGUGCCGCUUGCUUGGUGGUGUGGCAGACUCUGGGGCCUUUCAGAACAGGUGUAAAUAUACUGAGAUUGUGACGGAUCAUGUGACACUUAGAUUGCACACAAGUGGACUUUAUUUAACUAAUUAUGUGACUUCUAAAGGUAAUUGGUUGCACUAUAUCUUAUUUAUGGGCUUCAUAGCAAAGGGGGUGAAUACAUAUGCAUGCACCACUUUUCUGUUAUUCAUUUUUUUGAAUUUUUUUGAAACAAGUUAUUUUUUUCAUUUCAGUUCACCAAUUUGGACUAUUUCGUGUAUGUCCAUUACAUGAAAUCCAAAUAAAAAUCCAUUUAAAUUACAGGUUGUAAUGCAACAAAAUAGGAAAAACGCCAAAGGGGAUGAAUACUUUUUUCAAGGUACUGUAUAAGGUCUACUGCUAUGUAAGACAUUUAUAUUGUGUUUGACUGACACCUCAUUGUGAAUCCUCUCAGGUUUCUCUCCCAGGCUACUCACCUGUACGACUCCUCCGUGAUAGCCUGUGUCAACUACAUCUUAUCCACAUCCUUUGCCAUUGUAGCAGGUAAGAGAGCUGCUGACUUUGUCUAUUGAACCUCUAUGGAAUCACAGCCCAAGAAGGUGUGAACAUCAGUCUCUUUUUUUUCACAUUUACAGGAGCCAUAUUUUACCUGGAGUUUAAUCACGAAGACAUUCUUCACAUCUGCAUGUUUUUGUUGGGGUGAGUAGGCUUUUCUAUAAUUGUGCAUUAUUAAAUGUUUACUUGUGUUAGACAAAGCACCCCCCUCCUCCAGACAUAUGGUGGUAUGGCCCAAAACUAAAGGCACCACUAAGUAGGGCUAUCAGACGAUUAAACAAAUUAGAUGGGUUUUUUUUUCUCCAAUUAGUUAAUGAAUCUACAGAUGAAUCAGUUGUGUCAUAAGUGCUAUGUGAUUUAUAGCCAUGUAAUGUCUUAUCUCUGUCCUUCAUUAGAUGUUUGUCCUGUUUCCUGGGAGUCUUCCUGAUCACCAAGAACAGGAAGAGGCUAAAGGCCUUUGAACCCUAUGUGACAAUGGACAUGUCGCAAGGUAAUGAAGGUACAAUUCCCCUUGUCGCGACGCAUGUUUACACCCCCCCCCCCCCCCCCCCCUUAUCGUCCCCGAUGCGAAUUCAAUAGCUUGCCUUGAAUCUUGUGACUUUGACAUCAAAACUCGCACGACUGUCUUGCAACGUUAGCAAAAAAAAGCUAACUGGCAAUUGUGAUUGAUGCCACCAUGGUGCUCUCCACGCGUCGCGAAGCAGGCAAUCAAACAUAUUUUUUAUCUACAAACAAACAGCCAAUAUGUUAAUUGGUUUCUCUGUCCCAUUGCCAUGAAUUCAAACUCGCAUGUAGUUAAUGACAUAUGCACCUUGUGUUAUAGAUUCACCCUGUGUUAUGAAUUUAUCAGUGUGUUAAGUGUAAUUCUCACCCCUUUUCCUAAACGCAGGUAUUCCCACCAUUCACGACAAGGGCUGGCGAGCGGUGCAGCCGGACUACAAUGGUUCCUUUUCCUACGGUGCCCUGGUUAACAAUGACAGCGUGGCGCCUGCCACUCUACCAGAGCCUGACCAUAACCAGCUGGCAGUCACGCCCAGUCCCACUGCUGCCCCUUAUAGUUCGGCUGACCUGAAGAACGACUGAGGCACCCCCCCCCAUAGGCUGCGUCUCAAUCCUCCACCCUUCUCCUGAAGUGUGCACACGUCUGGAAACGGGUGCAGAACAGGGAUGUAACCGUAGACUCGGUGUAGGAUGAUGUCAUCGUUACUAUGUUACCCCCCAUCUGGCCAUGUCUUACAAUGAGGAAGUGUUUUGUGGGUUUUCAGAAUCAUGCUCUACAGGAGUGGUUCCCAAAAUGUUUGUUUUUUUUGCCCAUAGAUUUUAUGUGUGAGUUGCUCAAAUAUCACAUGAACACACAUUUAAACAUGACAAAAUUGUAUAGAAUUUUGAGAAAAUUAGCUUUAAACUGCAAAAAUGUUCUAUCCACCCCAUGACAAAAUGUGUAGAAUUGCAGGAAAUAAGCUUUAAACCUGCAAAAUAUUCUCUCUGAAAACAAGAGGGUCUUGUGCCCAUAGAAAUAGACGUGGGGGUGCGGGAUGUUCCCCAAUGCUGGAAGGGGGGGGGGGGCCUGAGUGAAAACGUUUGAACUCCUACUCUACUGUACUUCAACUGAGCUGUACACUCGUCUCUUCAUGUCUUCCUAUCUCCGGACUGCAAUGAGGGGCAUUUCAACCAUGAGAAAUUAGCUUUAUUCCUGCAAUGAGACAUUCGCUUUACUUCUGCAAAUCAUUCCAGAAAGGUACUGAAGUAUCCGGAAGUUGUCACAUGACUUGGGGACUGACCGUGAACAAAUAUCGACCUGGACUCUCAUUCCAGGCCCAUAGACAUCAUGUCAUACCUUUGGACAUUAAUGUGCCUUAGACUAAAGCAUCCUGCCUGCUGUUGUGUGUUCGCCACAUAAGAUUGAGUGACUUAUUCCAUGUUAAUGCAUUUCUGCAGGAUUUCUUUCAAUAGACUUGCCAAUGAAUACUGUGCAGUUUUCUUUGUGUGUUUUGCUUGAGCAGUUGAAGACGGUGUACGACUGCUUAGUCCGAAAUGACCAAAAUGGUUAUAAACUGUUAUUGUUUUAAGUUAUUUUAGUUGCAUUAGUUACAUUUGAAUCGUCAAGUUGUAGUUUGGGGUAUGGUCUUAAAUGCACAAUGAUUGUUUGUGUGAAUUCUAUGUCAAACUGAAAGAACUGGUGGAAGAUAUUUAUUGUAUUUGAAGCAUAUUAUGAUAAAGGUUGAAAGGCUUUAUUCAUGUGGUCUUGUGUUAGGAAAGGCUGGGCUCGUAUCCACAUAGCGUCUGAGUAAUCUGAUUCUGUAUGAUCUAACAUACACAACUGACCCUGGAUCAGCACUCCUAUUCUGAGACGCUUUGUUGAUACUGUUCUGCUCACCACACGUCAUUUAUGACAAUGUCAAUGAGUGUGACGCCACGUUAAGUUGGGAUCUACCAUAGUUGAGCUGCAUUUAUUAUGUGGACUACUGGGAUUCUGAAUUGUCUUGAGUUAUAUAGAUAUUAUGACAAUUUCCUUGUAUCACUGUGCAAGCAAAACCAAUAUGAAAAAAAUGUCCAUGAGUGACUGAGCUGAUUUUAGAAUAGACUACUGAUGUCUCUGGUCAACACUUGUUUGUCAUUCUGCCAGUCUUUUUUUCUAAAUAGAAAAUCCAGUGGCACCGGCACUACCAAUGAGCUCACAGCAUCCCAUUGUUUUCUUCCUGUAAUGAAUGAUAUAUAACCCUUAACCUCAUUGCCACUCUGCUUCUGUAUUAUGAACUAGGUAAGCAAAUAAAUAAUAUACUACUGACGUUCAUGCAAAAGAUUCAUGUAUAACCACGACGAGCUAUGACCAUAUUAAACGUUUUAAAUUGGGAGGGUACCCAAAGAUAAUUUUGGUGAUGACAGAAUGUCGUUGUUUUUCCACUAGGGUGGAUGAGCUACAACAAGUCCAUUUGGAAACUCGCACUCUGAGGUGAGCUGAAAUUGCGGAAAUAUUAGUUUCAGACCUGAUAUUUCCCUAGUCAUGCAGCUUUUGUGGUAUGUUAAAUAUCUCAAAGAUUUACACCCCAUUGUCAGUCGCAAUAUAUCACCGAAGGGCUUCAGCAUAAGGCUUCAGUAACGUGCCGUGUGUUUACUGCGUGCUUGCCACCAAUCUUGGACACGAACAUCCUCCCCUUGCUCAAUUACCAUUGGUAGAAAAGCGCAUCAGCUGGGUUAUCAUUGGUCUCACCGGGCAGUGACCGGUGUUAGUGUAGGCUGCAUCAGAUAUUGUACAAUCAUCUAAUGUAAAGAAACACUGCAUCAGAGAGAUACAUCAACAACCGUAACCGACUGUUUUUCUUCAGGUACAGUGAAUGUUGAAAUUUCUGGUGGAAUGUCUUGACCAGAAAGCAUAUUGACAUGCUGGAAUAUUUAUUUUUGGUCAAUGACAGUGGUAAAUCAUCUCAAGAGGACACUAUUCGGCCUAUGUCACUUAGAAAAAAAUAUGUAAAUAUAUCACUUAAUCAGUCACGAGUCACGACUGCGAUUUUGAUUCGUUGACAUGUCGCUGUGUGUCAUUUUGACGUUGAUGGAGUUUCGCCGUUCGUGACAGCUCAGCUCGCGCUAAGCUUUUAUCUGUCCGCUCUUAUGUAACAAGUUUUGAAACAAAUCGUUUGCUUUUAAAGAGAGAUAAGCAACUAUUCCGUUAGGCUACAAUGUUACAGCCUUGCGUUGUUGACAUGCUGUGCAGUUUAGACUACAUAAUUUGUUGUAGUCUGUAGGCUAUUCUGCGGUUUGGAAAGAAAUGUAUGGCAUGUAUAUCACUUGUAUUUCAGCUUGACAGCAUACAUUACAUUUUACAUAUUGUAAAGACAUAAGGACUUCUUCCUCAACUAUGAUUAUGAACGUCAUAGUAAGUUUUUAUUACAAUGUAUUAAUUUAUAAUUCAGGUUGGGUAGUGCUUCAAUUAUCCUUCUAUCGGCCGCCAGAUGUCAUCCUAUCCCACAACAGCGUUAGAAAUUACCCUCAAUUGAUGUAUUUGUUUAGGGCCCGGUUCACCAAUAGGCGGCCCGCGUGCCAAAUUCGGCCAGCGGUUGAAUUGUUUUCUGAACACUUUUAUUUAUGUUGGACAUAAAAUACUGUGAAAUCACUACAAAGUGAUUUUAAUUUAGGAAAUCUGUUCCCAAAUAUUCCCACACAUAAAUAGAGAGGCAUUUGCUAUCACAUCCCAAUGUAAUCAAGGUUUGAAAUUACUCUAUUUUUGUCAAACUAUAUCUGUUUGAAUUCUUGCGGUCAGUUUGCAGUGUAAAAUUAUUUAUAACAAUGUUCUGGCCCCCCGACCAUCCGCUCAAGGAAAAAUCGGCCCACUGCUGAAUGUAAUUGGGGACCCCUGGUGUAGGGUAUACAUUCUAGUGUUGAGGUCUUAUAAUGGGAAAAACCCAAAGGACAAAUAGGAAUAUCUGCAAUGUUUGGUUUGAUCAAUAUUCUCAUCACUUGUUGACUAGAACUGAUUGUCUGACAUGAAUGGUGAGACCAUGCAGGGAAAUUGCACCAUCAAUGUGUAAGAUAGAUUAGGCUCUUUGAUUACUUGAGACAAGUAAAAACAAAAUACUUUUGUAUUUCUCUCUUUCUUUCUCUCAAGUCUUGUCCCUGCUAGAAGCCCCAGUAGAGUUCCAUCUCCUCCCCCCUAGCGGCUCACCUCUCUUCCUCUGUUCCCUGCCUCUGUGUCCCUGGACCUGGGUUGCCAUGCUGCGGGAGGGGGCCAAGGCCUGGAUCAACGUCUCGGAGGCUUACAGCAGCGACCCUGAAGAGGAGGAGGAGGAGGACAUGGUAUGUGGGGAAGACGAGGAUGGAGAGGAGGAGAUGAUGGACCUGAGUGACCUGCCCACCGCCCUGUUUGCCUGCAGCGUCCACGAGGCCGUGUUCGAGGAGGACCGCCACCGG